AUGAAUAACGGGUUUUAUAAAUUAAAAGAUAAUACUUAUAACCAUUUACCUUCAUAUAAAUUUUAUGAACAACUGAAUAGCGAUAUCAAUGAAGAUGACAAUGAAAGUGUGUACUGGGAUUCCGUAGAACCAUCUUUUGACAAAACCCUCUGGGCUCGUGAUGUUUUUUUGAAACUAGAAAGAAACGUAUUAUCAGUAAACAGAAAUCGUAUAGAGGAUGUUUUCAGUAAAAAACAUUGUUAUGAUUUGAAUUAUUGGUUAUAUGAGCAAGUAUAUAAAAAUUUUGAUCAUAAUGAGAAAGAUGAAAAUUUUUAUAAAACUAUUGACAUUUUCCAAGAUGGAUGGAAGAGAAUUAAUAAUAGUGAAUUUCCAAAUGAAGAUAAUGUAUGUCAUCCGGAUCACACUUUGGUUGAUAUGGAAUAUUUGAAAGAUGUUAAGAAUCUGUUUGAUCUUAUUGAAGAUUAUGUUAUUAUUAAAGCUGAAGUUAUUAGAGAUACUAAUAAUGCAUGUUACAAAUAUAUUGAAUAUCUUAAACAAAAGGUUCCACUUUAUUAUGAGUGGGAAAAUGUGUGCACAGUGGAAGAAGAUAAUAUAUGUACAAGGUACAUUGAUGAUUAUACCAAGUAUAAUCCAAGAAAUGUCUUAGAAAAUUUGUCCGUCGUUGGACUUUCCCUUGCAUCCGUAUUCAAUGAUUGUUACCAAAAUAUUAUAACUGUGUUUCAGGAAUCAGAAAAGUUACCUUCCCGUACAGAAUUAAAACAAAGAAAUGCUUUAGGACAAAUUGAAAGUACAGUGGUAAAAGUAGGAAGAACCUUGGCAGAAAUUGGAGAUGACGGAAUGCAGUCAGGAGAUAUAUUUAUUGGUGUAAAUGAUUUCGUUUAUUCGUUAAUUUACGCAGUAAAAAGACUUAAUUCUUACGUUUUUGACCAUUUCACAACAAUGAAUAUUUUGUUGUUGGUAAUAUUAAUGGCUCUUUUCAUUUUUUGUAAGUUUAUUAGUGGACGAUCCAUGUCAUGUAAUGAUAGUAAAAAAAAAAAAUAA